AUGGCAGCCACGCCGCCCAAGAGGAAGCCCCUGCGGCCCCUCAGCUGCAACGCCGGCGCCGGCACACCCGUCACCGCUGCGCGACCACGCGCGCCAGCGGUCUCCGCCGAGAAGGAGAACCAGGGCGCCUCCAAUCUUGGCCCCGGAAAGGUGGAAAAGGCGGCGUCGCCUGCUGCGGUGAAGGUCGCGCCGCCGCCACUUAAGCCGUCGUCGCUGCAAGCCCGCAUGGAGGACGAAAAGCCGCCGUUGGCGGCGCCGGCAGCAGUGCCCGUGUUCAUGGGGCCGAGGGGGAGGGAGCUGCUGCCACCUCCGCCGCCGCCGGCGUCGUCGUCCUACGAGGCGUGGGACCUCUCCGACAACGAGGCGGCGCCGGCCGCGUCCUGGGCCACCCUCCCCAACAGGGCGCUGCUGUGCCGCCCGCUGCCGCUGGACGUCGGGAGGUGCACCUGCGUCGUCGUCAGGGAGAAGGCCACCGGAGCCAGAGGCGUGUCGCUCUACUCGCUCUACACCAACGAGGGGCAGGGGCGGCAGGACCGGAAGCUGGCGGUGGCCCGGCACCGGAGGAGGAGGGGGAGGUCGGAGUUCAUCCUGGCGCAGAACCAGGACGGCGUCUUCUGCAGCUCCGACAAGAACUUCCUGGGGACUCUGGGUGCCAACCUCGUCGGAUCCAAGUACCAGAUUUGGGGCCAGGGAAACCGGAUCGACGAGCUCAAGUCGAAGCGGCUACUCGGCGUUAUCUCGUUUGCCCCUACCAUCACCACGCUCACCGGUAGUUUCAGAAGCAUGAGGGCAUGGAUUCCCAAGAACCAGUCAAUGCAAUUGAAGACCAGCAAUUCUGCUCAGAUUCAGCACAUUGGUGGGCUUCCGAAGGAUUGGCAGGAGAAGACGAGCAGAGCUGACAAACUCUGCUCAAGGUCACCUUUCUACAACAAUAUGACGAAGCGCUAUGAACUAGACUUCAGAGAGAGGGUAGGAAGGAUGGGAUACAAGGUGCAGACAUCAGUGAAGAACUUCCAGAUGACCUUGGAGGAAAACGGAAGGCAGACGAUCUUGCAGCUCGGCAGGGUCGGGAAGUCCAAAUACAUAAUGGACUUCAGAUACCCCUUGACUGGCUACCAAGCAUUCUGCAUUUGCUUGGCAUCGAUGGACUCGAAGCUGUGCUGCACGCUGUGAGAUGAUGCGCAUGGAG